AUGCACGUCGGUCCGAGGAAAAUGGCCUCAAAACUGUUGACCGUCGGCUGUGUGCUGGGCGUCUGCGCUGCCCUUCCUCUCGGCUCCAGCGCCCGACUGGUGCGACCGGAGGACUGUACAUGGGAGCCGAUGUCAGACACACCCGGUGUAUCGAUGACGUGCUCAGUGAACACUCUGUUGAGCGGACCGAACCCGACAAAUUUCUCAUUAUUAGUGCCAGGUCACACCAUGCGCCUGAGUCUUCUGUGUGAAGAGCAACGUUUCCAGAGUGAGAUCGCCAACAAUUCAUUCGAGCACCUGCGAGGCCUGAAUACGCUGAGCAUUGAAAGAUGCAAGUUGGAUAAAUUGCCACCGAAAGCAUUCCUGGGACUAAGUGAUCUGAAACAUCUAAGUGUUCGAACUUACAACACCGAUUGGGGUCGGGUUUCGUUACGUGUCGCCCCGUCUAGUUUUGUACCGUUGGAGAGCAUCGAGACGCUCGACAUCAGUGAGAACAACAUUGAAUCGCUCCCGCAUGCGCUAUUCUGUGGAUUAAACGCGCUGCGGUUCGUGAACCUGACAAGAAACAGAUUCUCCGACGUGGUCAACACGGGUUUUUCAUCAGAGUCACGCUGCAGUCCGAAUAUUCGAGAGCUCGAGGUAGCUCACAACAAGCUCAAGGUACUGUCCGAACGGGGUUUUGCCUCAUUGGGAAAUCUUGAAGAGUUGCGUCUCGACCACAACCAGAUAGCUCGAGCCGAGCCCAAUGCUCUGGUCGGCCUCUCUCGAUUAGAGAGGUUGGACAUGGCGCACAACAUGCUCGUGGCGCUACCUCCCAAGUUUUUCCAAUCGAACAGCAAACUCUCGGAGCUCUAUCUGCGUAACAAUUCCCUAAGUGCAUUGCCGCCUGGUUUAUUCGGUGGACUUAGCGAAUUGACAAUGCUCGAUCUGGCGCACAAUCAGCUCUCAGCAGGAUGGCUUGGGCCUGACACCCUUUCGGAUCUCAGCAGGCUCACGGUGCUCGAUCUGUCUCACAAUCGCCUCACGCGUCUCGACACGAACGCGUUCCGAGCUCUCGUGAAUUUACAAACGCUUCAGCUCCAAGACAACCUAAUUGAAUACAUCGCUGACAAAACGUUCGCCAGCCUCAGCAAACUCCAGUCGUUGGUGAUAAGCAACAACCGGCUGAAAAGCAUCGGUCCUCACAUGAUGGUGGGUCUCUACUCAGUGAUGACGCUCCAACUCGAAAACAAUCGUCUCGAAGCGAUUCACAUCGAUGCUUUUAAGAACACGUCGAUGCUCCAGGAACUCAAUCUGGCCGGCAACAAGCUCACGAUCGUGCCUCGGGUUGUGUCGUCGCUCAAUAUGUUGCGAUCGCUCGAUCUCUCAGACAACGAAGUCCAGGACAUAUCGAAUGCGUCCUAUCAGGGACUGGGUCAACUCUAUGCGCUCAAUUUGAUGGGCAAUAAGAUCGGGAACAUAAGCCAGGGUGCGUUCAACGAUCUGCCUUCGGUGCGGAUUCUCAACUUGGCCCGAAACGGCAUACAGGCCAUCGAACAAGGAACGUUCGACGACGUGCGCGAUCUUCACUACCUGCGUCUCGAUUCGAAUCAGAUCGAAGACGUCAACGGUCUGUUCAGCAACCUGCAUGACCUCAUCAUGCUGAACAUCUCCGUCAACCGGGUCCGGUGGUUCGAUUACGCGCUCAUUCCCGUCGGUCUCCAAUGGCUCGACAUCCAUGACAACCAGAUCGAAUCGCUCGGAAAUUACUUCGAGCUCGAGCAGAGCCUCAAGCUCCGUACGUUGGACGCCUCGUUCAACAAGCUCAUCGAUCUCGAUUCUUCGUCGUUGCCGAACGGAAUCGAAAUAGUUUUCCUAAAGAACAACAACCUGCGACGGAUCCAGCCGUUCACGUUCUUGGGCAAGCAGAACUUGACUCGGGUCGAUCUCACCAACAAUCAACUCGAAGUCAUCGAAAUGACAACGUUCCGUCUGAGCGAAGUGUCGAAUCGUCGACCGCUCCCGGAAUUCGCAAUCGCGGGCAACCCAUAUCUGUGUGAUUGCCAUAUGGAAUGGCUGCAAAAACUCCAAAAUCCGGCGGCGAGCAGCGACGACUCCCGACAAUAUCCGCGCGUCACCGAUCUCCAUAACGUCGAUUGUAAGCUGAGCUUCUCGAAGAAUGUGAAGACUCUCCCAUUGGUCAAGGUGAAACCAUCUCAGUUUUUGUGCGAAUACAAGAGCCAUUGCUUCUCUCUAUGCCACUGCUGUGACUUCGAUGCGUGCGAUUGUGAAAUGGUGUGUCCGGACAACUGCACGUGCUACUACGAUCAGUCGUGGGAGACGAAUAUCGUGGAUUGCAGUGCUCGACCUGGCAGUCAUGUGGAUAUACCCAAGCAGCUUCCCAUGGAUGUGAGCGAAGUCUUUCUCGACGGCAAUGAAAUUCCAGCUCUGACACCGCAUUCGUUUAUCGGUCGCAAGAGUAUGCGGGUCCUGUAUCUCAACAACUCUCGUGUGGCCACGAUCCAGAAUCGUACGUUCGGCGGUCUCCGGGAUCUCCGCGUGCUGAGGCUCGAGAACAACCAGAUAACGGCUCUUCGAGGGCAUGAGUUCGACGGUCUCGGCAAUUUGCGCGAGCUCUAUCUUAGCAACAACAAUCUCAACUACAUCAACAACGCAACGUUCAGUCACUUGAAGAGUUUGGAGAUCCUUCAUCUGAACCACAAUUAUCUCGUAGAGAUCUCGAUGACGACCCUCCAACACAAUAUCCGUUUGAGCGAUCUUCGGCUCGCGAAGAAUCUUUGGACGUGCGAUUGCUACUUCACUCAGGAUCUCACCGUGUUCCUCCAUGAGCGUGGCGACAUGGUCCGUGACAUCUUCCAACUGUCUUGCGUUUACAACGAAACCACUGCACUGCCAUUGUGGGAGCUGAAUGUCACGGAGUGCCACAAUCCUUCCGAAGCGACGUUGGUUCGACAGUUCCGACUCAUGGGAGAUCUCCUUCCUUUGGCCGUUGUUCUCGGCGUUGUCUUGUUGAUCAUUCUGAUCGCUAUGCUGACGCUGGUCGCGUACCGACGUCAGAUGAGUGUCUGGUUCUUCAGUCGCUACGGCAUCCGGAUGUUCCAGAGAGCACCUGUCGAAGAGGAGAAACUUUUCGAUGCUUUUGUUUCGUACAGCAAGAAGGACGAGGCAUUCGUAGCGCAAAUGCUCGCUCCAGGGUUGGAGUGUGGCAAUCCGCCGUUCCGGUUGUGCUUGCACUACCGGGAUCUUCCGAUGGUAGGAGGCUACCUCAGCGAAGCUAUCCAAGAGGCGGUAGAAAGUUCCCGAAGGACAAUAGUGGUUCUUUCGGAGCACUUUCUCAAGAGUGAGUGGUGUCGCUACGAAUUCAAGUCCGCUCAUCACGAAGUGCUCAACAACAGCAACCAUAAAUUGGUAGUGAUAUUUCUCGGAAGGGUUUCGUAUCGAGAACUCGAUCCCGACAUCCGGAUGUGGCUCAAACACAGCACUUUCCUACACUGGAAGGAGAAACGCUUCUGGGACAAACUCCGCUAUUCGCUUCCUGAUGCUCGUCAUCGGAAAGUCAUGCGGAGCGACGUUACUUCUGUGGCUGUUCAUAUUUGACCACGGGCGGCGCAGCCCGUGACGCCGUUCCUCGACUUGACCGCGGCCGAUUUCUAAACUACUGGUACCCGUGUAUUCUUCGACUCUAUUCUUCUGGAAAUUCGGAGCCCAAUCGAUGAAUGCGAGUUUCUCCACGGCCGCCAGGAGCACCGCCAAAUGUCCACGAACACCGCCGCCUCUGUGAGUUGGCCGCCACCUUUUAAGACAACGUCCUCAACUCAAACAUGUGAUUAUUCAACGAUACAACGAUAACGACGAAGGUGAUAAGGUCGUUUGC